AUGUCGUCCAGCGUCACACAAGAUUCAUUGGGAGUUGACGGAGAUGUGCGCGACUCCAAUUCUCCCUCUGACCCCGACAGUUCACGUGUUGAUCUGGACACUGAUCUUGUCGGCAUCAGUCGUAUUACGAAAGAUCUCAAUAUCGUGAAUCGAUAUAGACCGAAGUGGACAUGCAAGGAAGCCUUCCGCGAGUCAUAUCAGAAUUGGAGAGAUGGUAUCUUCAGAUCCUUCAGCCUCGAUCACUCCCAGUUUCGCCCCAAGUAUACUGAAGAGCUCAACGACAAGCAAGGAUUCAUACUCGUUGAAGUGUACCAUCCAGAAGACACCAACAAGCUGCUUGGCUUCAUUCAAUUCACGUCCAACCAGGAUGGUUAUUGCGUAGAAGAUCAUAACCAGAUCAGGAGAAAUCCAUCCUGA